GAGUGUGGAUGUACCUGGCUGUGCUGCUGCUGCUGCAGGACGGCACGGUCACGACGCGUUCAGGGACUCGUGUUUUCACUGAGCCGUCUCCGCCCGUGUCCUCUGUCCUCCCGUAGAGAGCCGGGACCUUUAACACACCGCUGUCUAAGGACAUUUCCUCCACUUACAUCCCCCCAGGCAGAGCCUCUGGAGUCCGCUUCUACUUUUCCCACUGAUGCUGGGCGAUGCUUUUAUCUGUGAGCGCUAAUUAAUUUGGGAAUAACCAGGUGCGGCGGCGCUAAUUGAUUUGACAUUGAAUGCAACUCGGACCAGGGAUGGGGAUCAAAGUGUAGUGCUGUCAGGAAUGCCACAGACUGUGUGCUCAGGCACCAUGUUUACCACUCCCAGUGGCUUCAGCCCUCAUCUGGCCUGUGCUGAGCCUGGGGAGGAGGAGGAGGCCCCGCAGGAAGGUCCGGGACCGGGAGCUUGCCUGGCUGAUGGGCCCCCGAUCACUUCUGCCUCUCUGGACACCCUGAUCCAGAACCUGGUGCCCACUGCCGAUUACUACCCCGAGAAAGCUUAUGUAUUUGCCUUCUUGCUGAGUGCUCGCCUGUUCAUUUCUCCUCCGGAGCUGCUGGCCAGAGUGUGUGAGCUGUGCAUCAAACAGCAGCAGCUGGACCAGAGCCCACUAGACACGGCAAAAGUACGCAAGUUUGGCCCCAAGAUCCUGCAGCUGCUGACAGAGUGGACAGAAACAUUCCCAUCCGACUUCAGGGACCAGAAAAUGGUUGGGCACCUGAAAGACAUCAUUCACAGAAUCGCUCCAUGUGAUGAGGCGUACUGGAAAACCCUGAACCAGGUGCUGCAAAAGCUCAGCCAGAGGCUGGCCCUGAUGACUCAGGGGGAAGAAAGCAUUGUCAAGGUCUCCCUCAAUGCUUCCUCUAUUUCUGACAAGCUGGCGGCCUUCAAGACCAAACCUCCGCCCAUCCAGAAGGACAUGCUCUCCAUCUGCAACGACCCCUACACACUGGCACAGCAGCUCACCCAUGUGGAGCUGGAACAUUUGAGUCAUAUUGGACCAGAAGAGUUUGUCCAAGCCUUCGUUCAGAAAGACCCACUGGAUGGAACCCAGCAACCGUGUUUCAGUGACCAGAAGAAGAAAACCUUCAACCUGGAAGCUUACGUCAGAUGGUUUAACAGACUGUGUUACCUGGUAGCUACAGAGAUCUGCAUGCCGGCAAAAAAGAAGCAGAGAGCCCAAGUCAUAGAGUUCUUUAUCGAUGUGGCUCGGGAGUGUUUCAACAUUGGAAACUUCAAUUCCCUAAUGGCUAUAAUCUCUGGUAUGAAUAUGAGUCCUGUGUCACGACUGAAGAAGACUUGGAGCAAAGCAAAAACUGCCAAGUUCUUCAUUCUUGAGCAUCAGAUGGAUCCUACAGGAAACUUUUACAACUACAGAACCGCCUUAAAGGGGGCUGCCCAUCGCUCUCUAACCGCCAACAGCAACAGAGAAAGGAUUGUAAUUCCCUUCUUCAGCCUGCUGAUAAAAGACAUUUAUUUCCUGAAUGAAGGAUGUGCCAAUCGCCUGCCCAAUGGCCACGUCAACUUUGAGAAAUUUGUGGAGUUGGCGCGUCAAGUCGGAGAGUUCAUGACAUGGAAACGGGUGGAGUGUCCGUUUGAGGAGGAUCAGGCCAUCCUACACUACCUCCACACCGCUCCCAUCUUCAGUGAGGAUGGACUUUAUCUUGCAUCCUAUGAAAGUGAGAGUCCGGAGAACCAGGUAGAGAAGGACAGAUGGAAAGCACUCAGGUCUAAUGUACUGGGAAAGACAUGAGGCACGAGGUAUCUAACCUUUCCUCCCGGCGAUGGAGCUCGUGUUUUCUUUGCACUAAACUGAACUGUGAAGGAACCUGAAGCUGGUUCUUAGGUGUUUUUAUAUGAAGAAAUAACCUGUUUGGGAGACAAAUACCAGAAAGAAAAACAAAAAAACAAAACAAAGAGGAUUCCUUGAGAAGAGUGUGGGGAAAAAAAUAUUUUAAAGAUUUUGAAAAGUGAAGUAAAAUGUUAAGCUAAAGAAA